AGCCUCCGGAAGGUGCGGCCAUCUGCAACUGCGCUUGUUAGUCUCUCGAGGCCCCGCCCCGCGCCAACGGGCUCCGCCAUGUUGGGGGGUCCUCGCUGGUGACACGUAGGCGUCCGCGUAAGAUGCCGGCCGGCGCGCGCUGCUGCCGCCAAGAUGGCGUCCAUGCGGGAGAGCGACACGGGCCUGUGGCUGCACAACAAGCUGGGCGCCACCGACGAGCUGUGGGCGCCGCCCAGCAUCGCGUCCCUGCUCACCGUUGCGGUCAUCGAUAACAUCCGCCUCUGCUUCCACCGCCUCUCAUCGGCUGUGAAGCUCAAGCUGCUCCUCGGGACGCUGCAUCUUCCGCGCCGCACGGUGGACGAGAUGAAGGGCGCUUUGAUGGAUAUCAUCCAGCUGGCCACUCUGGACUCAGAUCCCUGGGUUCUUAUGGUCGCUGACAUUCUCAAGUCCUUUCCUGACACUGGCUCAUUGAACCUGGACCUCGAGGAGCAGAACCCCAAUGUUCAAGACAUCUUAGGAGAACUUCGAGAAAAAGUGAGCGAGUGUGAGGCAUCUGCCAUGCUACCACUGGAGUGCCAGUACCUGAACAAGAACGCUCUGACAACCCUCGCGGGGCCCCUCACCCCACCAGUGAAGCAUUUUCAGCUGAAGCGGAAACCCAAGAGCGCCACGCUGCGGGCAGAGCUGUUACAGAAGUCCACUGAGACAGCCCAGCAGCUGAAGAGAAGUGCCGGGGUGCCAUUCCAUGCCAAGGGCCGGGGGCUGCUCCGCAAGAUGGACACUACAACCCCUCUCAAAGGCAUCCCGAAGCAAGCCCCUUUCAGAAGUCCUACCACACCCAGUGUCUUCAGCCCCUCUGGGAACCGGACCCCAAUACCACCUUCGAGGACACCACUGCAGAAAGAAAGGGGUGUGAAGCUGCUGGAUAUUUCUGAGCUGAAUACGGUUGGAGCGGGCCGGGAGGCAAAGAGGAGGAGGAAGACUUUAGACACAGAAGUGAUAGAAAAGCCCACCAAGGAAGAGACAGUUGUUGAAAAUGCCACCCCUGACUAUGCUGCUGGCCUGGUGUCCACACAGAAACUUGGGUCUCUGAACAGUGAGCCAGCACUUCCCUCCACAAGUUACCUACCUUCUACACCCAGUGUGGUACCUGCCUCAUCUUAUAUCCCCAGCUCUGAGACUCCUCCAGCCCCACCCUCUCGGGAAGCCAGCCGGACACCUGAGGAACCCAGUGCCCCAAGUCCUACACUGCCAGCACAGUUUAAACAAAGGGCACCUAUGUACAACAGUGGCCUGAGCCCAGCCACACCAACGCCUGCAGCACCUACCUCACCUCUGACACCUACUACUCCCCCAGCUGUCACUCCUACUGCUCAGACACCCCCAGUGGCUAUGGUGGCCCCACAGACUCCUGCCACUGUUCAGCAACAACCUAAGAAGAACCUGUCCCUCACGAGAGAACAGAUGUUUGCUGCCCAGGAGAUGUUCAAGACAGCAAACAAGGUCACUCGGCCCGAGAAAGCCCUCAUCCUGGGCUUCAUGGCUGGUUCUAGAGAGAACCCAUGCCCGGAGCAGGGGGAUGUGAUCCAGAUCAAGCUCAGCGAGCACACAGAGGAUCUGCCCAAGGCAGACGGCCAGGGCAGUACCACCAUGCUAGUGGACACAGUGUUCGAGAUGAACUACGCCACAGGCCAGUGGACACGCUUCAAGAAGUACAAGCCUAUGACCAAUGUGUCCUAAAUGCUGUCUUUGCUGCUGCCCCUCAUCAGGCCAGAGGACACGUUUUGCUGGCUAAGCUAAGUGACUUGAACAGAUACCGAAGGAUAUGCUCCACCCAGCACCUGCCAUCCACAGGCUACUGGGCCCCAGCCAUUUCUCUGGGGAAUGUAGGCUUAUUUUUUAUAUUUUAAUAGGGGUUAGUUUUUUGUGUGAUUAAGAUCUUUUUUUGGACUCAAGAUUACAUUUUGAAUGCAAACCAAAAAAGUUACAACUUCCUAAUUUUAGUGCCUGUUAGAUUUCUACUGUUUUUAUUUCUUCUUAAAGAAAUAGCACUGGCUGAGAGGGCUUUCUCUGCUUGUGCAUGCCCUCCCUCAUGAGGUUGAGGGGACCAAAGGUGACACCUGGCAGUCUAGGGUGUCAGCAGGGCUUGACCAGUCUUGAUGCCACUCCCUGCCAGGGAUUUGUAUAUGUUUUUUGUACAGUUGUAAACAUUUCAAACCUGUCUCUGGGUACCUAUUUUCAUUGUAAAAUGAUCUGAGUAUUAAAGUUUAGUUUUUAAAAGAAAAGGGGAAAAAAAAAAAAAAGCCCACAGAGCUGUGUUUCAGGCUAGCUUCACUCCCUGCUCUGGGACAGAACCCCUCCCUACAUAGCUAUCAGAACCCGGGGAAGGAGAGGCAGGGUCAGGCGUUAACAAGACUACCUGAAAACAGGUAAGUAAUGGGUAGGACAACCUUGCGGGUGUUCACUCUGUAGAGUCAGUAGCAGGGAAAGCCAAGGGACAGCCCAGCUCAGCAGCCACAGUGCUGGGAGUGGGCCUAUGCCAGCUGCCCAUGAACUCAUAACCCAGGAAUAGAGGAGUCAAACACAGUUCCAUAUAAAAUAAGUGUAAGAAAAAGGCCUUUAAAGAUUUUUAAUAAAAAAAUACUCAUUACAGUUUUCCAAACACAACUUUCCACUUUAAAUGCUAUUUUUUUCCCCAACUGGUAAUUCUCAUCUAUAUUUUAGUAUUACCUUCCCCCCUCCCCCCAAACUUCAAGUUUUUAAGCCUUCACUAUCAGACCUAGUGACAGCACCCAGCAUUCUUAAAAAGGAACCUGACUUUUUAUACUGUAUGAAGUUUAGACACCAAUAGGCACAUUUAAACUUAAAUUUAAUUUCUGAUAGGGCAUUUCACAUCUCAAUAGGAUACGGUGACACCAUGAUACACAUGGACACAGCAUUUUAUUCUAACAGUCAUCAGCUACACUCCUCGUAGAUGAAGAUAUUUGGCAACUGACAGUUAACUUUAAUUAAAACAUUUUUAUCUUUAAUUCUUGAAAAUAAAGUAGCUCUGGAAGAUGGGCACUUCAUACAUCA